AGCCCUUACAAUCAAAUGGAAGUUCUUUUGUCUCUAGUCAUCAUGAGGAUGCAAGUGAUGAAUCAGUUUCGGUCACUGGGCUUUCUAUGGUAUCUGAAUAUAAAGAGUUUGACAGUGAGCAAAUUACUAAUGGGAAUCUUGUAGAUGUGACCAAUGGAACUGAUAAAGUGGCAAUUGUAGAGUUGCAAGCAAUUGAACCUCUGGAAUGUGAAAAAAGUGGUAAAGAACUGGCUGCAGUCACAUCUAAAGUCACUCAGAUAACAGCAGAUGUAGUAGUAGAGACAUUUCCAUUGCGUCCUGUUGCUAAACCAACUGACAGCAUUGAUGGAAGCUCUAGCGAAGUAAUGAAAUUAAAUGGAAAUUUGGACCAAACAGAAAAUUUGAAGGCAAUACUUGCUUCAAAUGGCAUCCACCCAAACAUUCAAGGCACUUACACUGGCAGCAGCAGUGGGAAGUCAACAUGUGAUGGGGCUGUUGUGGUUGAAAGUAAAGUUGACGCGCAGCGUGUCAUUUCCAAGAAAGGAAGCAAUAAACCAUUAGAAUUAAUCUGUAAGUAUUCCUAGUCUUUGCUCAUAAUACUUUAAGUUGAAUCAGUCUUACUCAUAGGUUUGAACAUUAUAUAGUUCCUUGGGAUUACAUUGAUUUCUAUGGACAGUGAAUCAUGGGAAGGGACACCAAAAACUGCUGCAGAAUCCGAAACUCCCUUUGGGCUAUUUUCAAAUCCUUUAUUGGAGUCUUUAUAAAAUUCUGGUCUGAGUAACAGUUUGGCUUGUUUCUGAAUUUGGAGAGUUAAAAAAAUUUACUAGGGUUUUAUUCACGUUGGUGCAUGUGGUCACUUUUCUGUUAUGUUCCCAAUUUCAUCCGAUUUAGCAUGCUAAAUGUUUAUGUGGUUCUAAGUACUGAUUAUGGUAUUACAAGAGUUCCCUGGCUAUAUCAGUGGCUCAAGUUGAAUGUUGUGAUGGGGCACUUAAUAUUCCAUUGACAGAAUUGGAUUUGAGACACAAAUGCCAUUUAGUGGUAUGGUUAUAGUUAGUCCAAUGUUCCUUGAUAUAUCGACUCGAGUCGAAUGCUAUGAAUGCAACACACAUUAUUUCAUGAACAGAAUCAGAUUGCGCUUCGAAUGCCAUC